CCUGAUUCUCCAACAGAAACACACAGCACCCAUCAGAGCAGCCGAGCUUUUCAAACCAGAGAGAGAGCUGAGAGAGAAAGAAAGAACAAGGAUUGCUGUUGUAGCAAGGUAGCUUAGCUUCAGCCAUGGGGUUCUGCUGUGGUGCUUCGGAUGUCCAGGUGCUCCCCAAGAACGCCUCCUCCUCGUCAUCCUCCUCCUCCUCCUCGUCACCUGCUAACAGCUCUGGGAAGAAGAAGCAACCAGAGCAGGGGAAGCGUCAAGCUGUGAAGCAGGGCGAGGUGAAGGAGAAGAAGAGGAGCAACCUCGACCGAGCUGCCCUGACCACGCCCCAUUUCCCCUUCCAUUCUCGCCCCGGCCUCAUGUGA